GCAAGAAGGGGAACAUCACUUUGGAUGACUACCUCACACUCAUGAAGAUGUUCAGCAAACUGGGUGAGGUUCGCGAUGCCGUCGCGCCUUUGGCCAACAUGCUGAAGAACCAGGCCGGCGCAGACGAAGACAUCGAGAACGCCAAGUCACAGCUGGGUGAAAAGGAAGCACUUGUGGCUGCAUUGAGCGAGGAGGAGCGCGCAAAUCCAGAUGUGUUCUUCCAGUCCGGGACAGCUGGGCGCAAGGCAAUUCGUCGCUGGGCAGAGGCGGCAAAAAAGACCGAUCAGGAAAUCCUCGACUUCAUGUUGGAGUUUCGAACCAUCAAGUCCAUGUUCAGCCGGAUCCAGUCGGGCGAAGAUUUCGCGGACGUGCAGAGGGAGCUGAAGAUGGACGCAGAGGAGCUCAAAUCGACGCUGAAGUCUCGAAAGGCCAGAAGAGCUUCGAAGGGGAAAUCGGCGAAGAAAGGGGGUGGAGGCAAGCAGCCUGAAUGGAUGACCCUCUAA